UCGCCGCCUCAGCUAGGCGUCGGAGGCGGCGGGAAGCUCCGGCUGGCGGCAGCAGCACGAGGAGGAGAGCAAGGCGAUCAAGGUGUCGAUGUGGAACUGCCACGUCCCCCAGAACGUCAACGUUUGUCGCGUCGCCCGGCGCGUCUCCGCCGCGCUCCGCGCUGCCGGCGUCCGCGGCGCGCUCUCCAUCACCGCCUUCAGGACGUCCUCCAGCUCUCCCACGCUGCGCAGGAGACGCUCGUCGCCACCGGCGUCGUCAUCUCCCACGUCCCAAGCAGAGAGGAGAGGGAUGGCCAUGGAGGCAGCCAGUCUCAUCCACGGACCCAGUAAACUGCUGCAGAUAGGAGCCAUGGCCGCUGGGUGCAGGAUGAGGAGCAAGAAGAGCCAGUCCUAGGGUUUGCAGGGGAGGGAAUGGAGAAGUGGAGA